AUGCGUAAGUUCACAAGAUUGUCGUGUAAUGAAAAACGUCGCAUUAUUGCGUACAUUGAGGAGAACAAAAGUCGCACGAUGGACCGUAUAGCUUACAUUUUUUCUUCUGUUUUGAAGAAACCUCCCAAGUCCGCUUGGGUGGCGAGGCCUGUGAAGCCUGCAAGCCACCGCACCCCUUGCGUCGCGGCCCCAGCGCCAAAACCUGGCAAACAAGCAAAGCAGGCCAAACCUCCCAAGUCCGCUUGCGUGGCGAAGCCUGUGAUGCCUGCAAGCCACCGCACCCCCAGCGUCGCGGCCCCCGCUCCACAACCUGGCAAACAGGCAAAGCAGGCCAAACCUCCCAAGUCCGCUUGGGUGGCGAAGCCUGCGAGCCACAUUGCUAGCGGGUCGGUACCGCCGUCGCCGACAAAGCGGGUGAAAGCAUCCGAGUCAGCUCGGAUGCCGAAGCCUGCGAUGCCCUCCGAGUCGGCUACAGGUGACACCGCCCAGCAAAACCUGGGGGCGAAAAGGCUUCCUCCAUACGUGGAGAUGCCAUUGCACUCACCCCCUUGCGAGCGUGUGCCGCAGGACAGUGUAAGUCCUGCGGUGGAGUUAUGUAUACGCCUGAUAACACUUUGUAGGGAGAUGAAGUGCAGUGUAGCGGAUAUGCUACGCCGCAACUAUGUCGAGGCCAAGAAGAUCCUUGGCGAGGAGCCGAUAUGA